CUAGAUUCCAUUCCACAUUCCGGCCGUGAUUCUGAGGUCUCGAAAACAAGGCACACUUAAACAACAAAUCACCUUCCACCAUGGUUUCUUUCACCAAAACCCUCCUGGCUCUUGCCGGCGCGCUUGUCGUCUCGGCCGACUACUAUAUUGAUCCGACUACCGUCUCCCUAUCCCUUAGAGAGGCUUGGUGCAGGGAUGAAAAGAGUACCUGCCCCAGCAUCUGCCUGCAGCAGUCACCGGGAGGCACUACCAAAGUCAACACCUGCGACCCUAAAACCCUCACGUACGGCUGCGUCUGCGGCGAUGGUUUGCAGCCCAAUGUUUCAGAAUAUUCUUUGACUCUGCCAUAUCAUGUGUGCCAACAGUGGGGCGAGAACUGUGUGAAGAGUUGCGCCGGUGACAACACCUGCUCGUCCUCUUGCCGCCAAGACCACCCAUGCGGCGCCCAGAGCCCCACAAGGAUCAACGUCACGACUACCACGAGCGCCUCGUCGACGGCCUCCACAGCGGCUGCCACAAGCAACCAGGUAGCCAAUGGCUUGGCCGGCCAGGACAACAGCAACAGCAACAAUAACAAUGGCGGCAGUGCACCGGGAAGUGCGGCCACGCGCGUGGCUGCUUUCGGAAGCGUCUACGGCCUCGCAAUUGUCCUGGGUGGUCUUUUUACCGGGUUCGCCUUGAUGCUGUGAAAGUCAACAUGGCUACAAAGGACUUGUCAACGCGGAAGUUGCUGGGUGGAUGUUGGAGGUUUCAGAAUAUCGGCAACUGCGGGCAGCGAUAGCAAAGGGAUAUCGUCUUCCGCAUUGCUUCUCGUCGGCUCUGUUUUCCACCCGAGCCGAGGAUGGAGA